AUGGCUUUCAAAUUCGUUGCUUUCUGUACCCUAUUGGCCAUAGCCAAUGCUGGUUAUGUUGCUCCAGUAACCACCACUUAUACUGCUCCAGUUGUUACCAAAGUAGUUAAUCCUUCGGUGGAUGCUGUUGCAUCAACACAAGAAAAUGUUGUACGCUCCUUUGCCGGCACCGUUUCGCAUCAUUCGAAAUCGGUGAAUACUCCCUAUUCCAGUUUCAACAAAGUGGAUACCCGUAUCAACAAUAAUGUUUACACUCCCACCGUUGCCAAAACUGUUUCGUAUGCUGCUCCAGCUGUAACAAAGACAAUUUACUCUCAUGAAGCUCCUGCUGUAUAUGCUCAUACCGUUCCAGCUGCUGUUACCAAAACCGUUUACUCUCAUGCCGCUCCAGUUGUAUAUGCUCAUGCUGCUCCAGCUGUGUACACUCAUGCCGCUCCUGCCGUCUAUGCCCAUGCUGCUCCCGCUGUAGCCAAAACUGUAACUUAUGCUGCUCCAGCCGCUACCACCACAUACAACCAUGGACCAUCGGCCACCACCUACACUCACAAUGCUCCCGGCGUUAGCAGCUACGGUACCAGCCAGACUGUCCACUAUUCACCCGCUGAAAUGGUCUCUCACAUGAGUUUCGAUGGUUUCGGUACUCACUGGGGAUUCUAA